AUGAGAAAGAAAUGUUGGGACAAAAGCUUAAAAGAUAUGAAUGUUUUGACCACUGAGUUUGGAUUCCCAACAGGGGAAUCUCUCAGUUUAAAAAACAUAUCAAAACUAGAAGAAAAACUGAAAGCAAAAGAACAAAAAAUUAGAAGAAAAAAUGAAGUGUCUGUAAGAAAAUUAGAACUCAUUAAAGGUCAAAAAGAAUGUUUACAGAUGUGGAAAACAGAAGCAGAGAUACGAAAUACAAAGUUAAUGCAAAAACAACUACCCUUUUCAUGCGAAAAGGUUGAAACGAUUGAGAAGCCAGAUUCACAUAAACAAAGAACACAGAACUCGCAGAUCUCUUCUUCUUUGUAUCCACAGUUGGCGGCUCUGAAGCUGGAUCCAGACCUUGACGGCAACCCACCUUACCACCCUUCAGCACCACCACCGUACAACUCUGCAACACCCAGCGAGAGCAGGCCGCAACCACAAGCAAGCUCAGAAACAGCCCGUCCUGAAAUGCCUGGUCCAUCACAAGACUCUACAACCAAACCCCCCUCUCCAAUUGCACACAGACUACGUCAAUCCAAUAAAGAGACAGCCUUCAACAUGCCUAUGGUUGAAGUAUCUGGACCAAAAGGCGCAACUUUGGUUUUUCUUCCUCUCAGGACAUCACAGCCACUUCACAACAUCUGCCCAAACCCCAAGGCAACAGACUGGCAAAGAAUAGCUGGAGAAUUCCCAAAUGCUGAUCUCCACUGCAAACAUAUCACCUGGGAAGACAAAUCUAAUGUCCAUAGAGGAAAAGGACGUGGCCAUCACAAAACUGGGAUAGAAGACCUCGAAAGGAUGUCUGUUUCCUGUGUGGCCAAAGUGGACAUUGGAGACGCAAUUGUCCCAAAAACACCUCAUCAGACGCAAUAAACAUUCAGACUGACGUUGGUUGGGGGUUGUCUGAGAGGAAUGGACUCCUGCUGACGAGCCGAACCAACUUGUGAAGAGGGAAGAAGGUACUGCAUCACACUCACACACACAUGCCAAUCACAUCAAUUCACAAUCCAUAGAGAGCUCAGACAAUACACAUGCGAUUGUUUUAACAUAUGUUUAGUACACAUCUGAUCAGUUUAAGGAGUUUCCAGAACAAAUGCUUAUCAUCACAGAACAACACAGUGUAUUCUUAGUCGAUUUAGUUUUAGUCUAAGUCAUGUAUACUCUAUUGGUUCAUCAGGUCAAACAUUUAAAGAGAACAUUAUUGUCCCACUCAAAUGUGGGUCGUGUUCAAGCUUCAACCACGCAUUUUUACUCUCUGAAGUCUGCCCUAUUAUCCUGAUGGGCAGGGACUUAAAAUGCAAAUUGAGCCUUUGUCUAAUCUCAACCCCAGAAGGUGUCAAAGUCUGCAGACUACCUGAUCUGCCACCAAACUUUUCACACUCCUUUGUCUACCAUACCCUGAACCUAAAUUAUGCAUAUCAAUGGAAAUUGAAACCAUCAACCUUUUCUGAGUUUCUCUCAGCUAGGAAAACAAUUUCCACAGCUGCAAAGAUUUUAUGGCACCAGAGGAUCUGCAUUGCACCUCUCAUGUGUCACCCGGACCUGAUGAGCCAUACGAGGAAUGUUGGUUAAAGAUGAGAUUUGAAGAACUCACACUGACACAUAUUUAUUGGGCACGACACAAAUGUGCUAUAUUAGUCUCCCUCACACCAGCUCAAAGUAACAUGUAGACCAUGGACCAUUCGGUCCCAUAGAUCCCAUAGAUGACUGGGAAGAUUUGGGCCCAUUUAUAAUUGCAUGUAAACGCGCGGCCAAUUGGCAUUAAACAUCUGAUCGAUCCACCCUUUUGUUUUUUGUUUGUUCGUUUAUUGUUUGUUUGUUGUUUGUUUGUUUGUUUGUUUGUUUGUUUGUUUGUUUGUUUGUUUUUACAGACACUGCAGUGCUACUCAAAACGUUUAACAUCUGUUGUGCACACUCAGAGAAUAAUCCAGCUGGUACCUGAAAGCACUUCUAUAACCUUUUUCUUGUUUGUCCAUAGAAUAAACUGAACCUAUCACAGCCCUGCAACAAGUCCCUAAGACACUGUGGGCUUUUGAUAAGUAUGAUGUUGGCCUCAUCAAACAUUUAGACCUGUUAGCAUUACUCCAAAAAUCAGAUUUCAGACUUUGCAAGACUUGAUAUCCAUUUAAACAAGAAGCCACUGAUGGCAUAACACCAGGUUUUUGACUCCCUGAGAGCAGCAGGAGUAAUUGUUCCCUGUAACGACUCUCCAGUGCGCACGCCUUUGUUCCCUGUUAAGAAAAUCAGAGACAAAGAUCAACAUACAGAAUGCCGUUUUGUUCAGGAUCUGCAAGCAGUAAAUGCAGCAGUCCAACCCAGAGCUCCAAAUAUUCACCAGACCGUUAACUCAAACGAUGAAUGAAAAACAUGAAUGCAUGACUUCUGUUUUGUUGCAGGCUAUCAGGAACAAGCCACACCCUGUAGCUUAUUUUACCUUAAAACUGGAUCCUGUAGCUGCAGGCCUCCCAAGAUGCCUUAAAGCCGUGGCUGUGGCUGAGAAGGCAGUUAUGGUCUCCCAAGAUAUUGUGUGCUAUUCUGAUGUUACUGACACAUGCUGUGUCUUUGAUUUUACUUGAACAAAAAACUUCUAAUUUCUCCACAGCACGAUGGCUACGAUACAACACAAUCCUUCUAGAAAUGUCUAACAUCACUGUCAAAAGAUGCAAUGUUUUAAACCCUUCCACUCUUCUCCCCACACCAGACGAUGGAGAACUAACUGUGUUGCUAUCCUCCAACAGGUUUGCUCCCCAAAACCAGACCUACAAGAAACACAUUUAACAAAUCCUUAUUUGGUUCUUUUUGUAGAUGGAUCUGCCUCACACAACCCACAAACUGGUCGCAACACAGGCGGCUUUGCGGUUGUUGCUAACUUUUGCUCCUGGAAUCAACUGCUGUUUGUAAAUGUCUUGCUAACCCUAACAACUCAAACCCUGUCUCUCUAGGAAAUGCUAGAUCUGAUGCCGCUGCAAAACAAAAUCGCACUCCAGCCACCUAUCACUGAUCCUUUAUUGGUAUUCCUUUCACUGAUUCCUUUCACACACAGCAAUGCAAUCUUUCGCCACACCUCAGGAAAAGGCGCUGCGGACACGCUGUGGUGCCACACAAAAGGAUGCAGUAUAACGAGGACUCGAUAAUAAACCUUGCAUACCUAAACACUUCUUUCCUCAUUCUGCGAAAUUGACACAUAGGUUGGACCAUGUGUCAAAAGGGGGAAUGUUGGGUGCCAUAACCCAACACUGGUUCACUAAAGGAUCUUCAGUUCAUGCGCAGAAGUUUUGUCAAUUGUGUAUGAUUUGUGCAACGCAAAACGCAGGUAAAACCAACACAAUCACACAGCUCACCCACCACCAGACAGACCAUUCAAACACUUAAUGAUGGAUUUCAUAGAGCUAUCACCUAGUGGUAGCAAAGGCUCUGUGAACAGAAAUCACUCCCAGAUGGGAAAUACCAACUGAACAACGAUAAUGGCUCUCAUUUUUCUGCAAAUUCUGCAAUAACCCAAAUCAGUGAAUUUCUUGCCAUUGACCUCAGACAACAUUGCACAUAUCACCCUGCCAGUGGGGAUGCUGUCAAAUGAGAGAAUGGCUCUCUGAGAUUAAAAUUGGCUAAAUGCUGUGACAAAACGGGACUGCCAUGGACAAAAAGCUCUGCCGAUUGUUCUAAUGGAUAUGAUAAUCAGGAAAAGAUCCAGAGUAAACAUGAGUCCCUGUAAAAUUCUUUUUUGGCAGACCUCUGUCCCUUGGAGUGGAGCCUGUAACCAGGCCACUCCCCUCCACUGGCCUAUGUGAGGAUGACAUGCUACAAUAUUGCAAGAACUUAUUCUGCACUCUCUCUAAAAUCUCCCAGCAGGUGAAAUCAGCCCUUCCACCACCAGCUUCCACAUCCCUCCACGACUUCCAGCCUGACGACUGGUUGAUGAUAAAGGACCUCAGAAGGAAGCACUGGCACUCCAAACGGUGGCGAGGUCCAUUCCGGGUGCUUCUGACGACACAUACCGCUGUGAAGAUCGCUGAGAGAACAACGUGGGUUCAUGCCAGCCACUGCAGGAAGGUCCCGGAGCCAACAAAUGAUCCAAACCACCAACCCCGACAACCAGAGGACGACCGACGUGUGGACGAACGACGUGCAGAUGAACAGACGCAAAGGAGGACGACAUGAGGAAUUAACUCCGUGAAUUCAUCCGACGCUGAUUAGCCCACCUGACUGCACCGUGCAUCACCUGACCCCUAGACUGCUCCCAACGCCAAUGUUGGAUGGUCUCUAUUUCUAGGAGGUGGAACGACUGCAGCCCUAAACAAAAUCAAUGGACUAGUCUAGUUUGUUCUUUCCUUAGCAGACCGAACUGAAGCUGCUCCCACCUUAACGAACACUGAAAUGUUUGCAACUAGAACAACAUUUAUCCAACACAGACUCACUCUCGACAUCAUACCAACUGAGGGAGGAUGGAUCUUUUUGCUCCUCUUCUUCUCCCUCUUCUUCUCCUAACAACUGCCAUGAAAAUACAUUUUAAAUCUAUGUGAAUUAAUG